AUGAAUACAGUUUCACCAGCCAAAAAAAAGGUUAUUAUAAUUGGUGCCGGUAUUGCUGGGCUUAAAGCUGCAUCUACGCUACACCAAAACGGUAUUCAAGAUUGUCUUGUUCUUGAGGCCAGAGAUCGGGUCGGUGGUAGGUUGCAAACUGUCACAGGCUAUCAAGGUCGGAAAUAUGAUAUAGGUGCUAGCUGGCACCAUGAUACGUUGACAAACCCUUUAUUUUUGGAAGAGGCUCAACUGAGUUUGAAUGAUGGGAGAACGAGGUUUGUUUUUGAUGACGAUAAUUUUAUUUAUAUCGACGAAGAACGUGGAAGGGUAGACCAUGACAAGGAACUGCUUCUUGAAAUUGUGGACAAUGAAAUGAGCAAAUUCGCAGAGUUAGAAUUCCAUCAACACUUAGGAGUUUCAGAUUGCUCCUUUUUUCAAUUAGUAAUGAAAUACUUACUACAAAGACGCCAAUUUCUCACAAAUGACCAAAUAAGAUAUUUGCCACAACUCUGUCGAUAUCUGGAAUUGUGGCACGGCUUAGAUUGGAAGCUUUUGAGUGCCAAGGAUACAUACUUCGGUCACCAAGGAAGGAACGCCUUUGCUUUGAACUAUGAUUCUGUGGUUCAAAGAAUUGCUCAAAGCUUUCCUCAAAAUUGGUUAAAGCUAAGUUGUGAAGUGAAAUCAAUUACACGAGAACCUUCAAAAAAUGUGACAGUGAACUGUGAAGAUGGUACUGUGUACAAUGCUGAUUAUGUUAUUAUUACAGUACCUCAAAGUGUAUUGAAUUUGUCUGUACAACCUGAAAAAAAUUUACGGGGAAGAAUAGAAUUUCAACCACCCUUGAAACCAGUGAUUCAAGAUGCUUUUGACAAGAUCCAUUUUGGAGCGCUAGGUAAAGUAAUUUUUGAGUUUGAAGAAUGUUGUUGGUCGAACGAAAGUUCAAAAAUUGUAACUUUGGCUAACUCUACCAAUGAAUUUGUCGAAAUAGUACGUAAUGCGGAAAAUUUAGAUGAAUUAGACUCUAUGCUAGAAAGGGAAGAUUCUCAAAAGCAUACGAGUGUUACUUGUUGGAGCCAGCCUUUAUUUUUCGUAAAUUUGUCAAAAAGCACAGGAGUAGCAAGCUUUAUGAUGUUGAUGCAGGCACCGCUUACAAAUCACAUAGAAUCCAUUAGAGAAGAUAAAGAGCGUCUUUUUAGUUUUUUCCAACCUGUGCUGAACAAGAUUAUGAAGUGUCUAGAUUCUGAGGAUGUCAUCGACGGAAUGAGGCCGAUAGAAAACAUUGCAAACGCUAAUAAACCAGUCUUAAGAAACAUCAUCGUUAGCAACUGGACACGCGAUCCUUACUCACGCGGUGCUUAUUCGGCCUGUUUUCCAGGAGAUGAUCCAGUUGAUAUGGUUGUUGCAAUGUCUAAUGGUCAAGACUCCCGCAUAAGAUUUGCAGGCGAACAUACUAUCAUGGACGGCGCCGGCUGUGCCUAUGGUGCUUGGGAAAGCGGAAGACGGGAGGCGACUCGAAUCUCUGACUUACUGAAAUAG